AACCUUGAUAAUCCAACCAAAAUCAAAACCUAAAGUCUCAUUCUCUUACUUGUAAAGCAAGUGUUCUUAUUUGUUUUGCUAUCUUUUACCAAAAAUGGCUAUUCGUUUUCCUGCAAUUGCAUUAGCUAAACAUAUUAUUCGCCGGUCAAAUUUGGUGGCAAAUCAAGUAGCUAAAGAUAUUCCGAAAGGGUUCUUAGCAGUAUAUGUUGGAGAAAGCCAAAAGAAGAGGUUCAUAGUUCCAAUUUCUUUGUUGAAUCAGCCUUCUUUUCAAGAAUUACUAAGAAAAUCCGAGGAAGAGUUUGGAUUUAAUCAUCCAAUGGGUGGUAUUACAAUUCCUUGCAGAGAAGAUGUUUUUGUUGAAAUCACUUCACGUUUGAGUUGAUUAAUUGAUGAUGUGUAUCUAAAUCAUCAUUUUACACAGUUUUGUAGGGGGGGUUUUUCCUUUUUUUUUCUAUCUUUGGAUGGAGAUAUGUAUUUGUAAAUAUUUUGAUACUUAUUUCCAAUGAGAUAAAUCAAAGAUAAUUGUUUCACUCAA